AAAAAUUCAGUCAAGGUGAAAUCCUUUGUGUAGCAUCAGUAAACUUGAAAGGUUCAAGGAAGGGUUCUGAGGAUCAUACUGGGAACAGGAAACAUGUGGUGACAUGAAAGGAACAAGGUGACUUACAAACCGAGUUGGAGCAAGGCAACUUAUUGAUCCUUUGAAGUUUAAAACACAUCUCCAGGACAGAAAAGCUGCUGAGCUGUCCUGGGUUCUCAGCUGUCUCUCGCUGUGGUUCUCUUUCAGGAUGGCAGUGAAGAGAAGGCCAUUUUUUCUAUUAUUAUGCAUUUCACACUCUCUUACUGGUUGUUUGAUCGAGGGUGGCUUCAUUUCUGCUUUUCUCCCCAAUGAUGGUGAUGAUUUGGCCACGGUGGAUUCGUUCCCUUGGGUAGUUUCUCUGCAGGAUUCACAAUACACUCCUUUGACUUUAGGAUGCAUCCUAAAUGAGUUCUGGAUCCUAAGCAUCGCUUCCCGUUUUCAGAACAGGAAGACGGUUUUGGCACUGGUGGGUAUUACGGACAUGAAUGCCAGGAGAAGAACCCAGCCAGAGUAUCUCAUCACUGUCAUUCUCAGACACGAGGGCUUUAAUUCCAUGACCAUGGAGAAUAACAUUGCUCUCCUGAAGACCUACACAGCCAUAGAGUUCAAUGACCAAGUUCAACCCAUCUGCUUCCCCAACAGGAACCUGGCCCCAGGAAUCCUGGAGAACUGCUGGGUGUCAGGAUGGAUUCACACUGCUGCAAAUAGAAAGAGAAUGAAGAUGGGCGUCCUAAGGAAGCUCCCAGUGGAGGAAGUAUGGCCCUGUUCCUUAAAGAGACCCUGGGGAACUGCUUGCUACAGCGCUAAGGAAGAGAACAAUAUCUUUGGAUGCUUGGGAGACCCCGGGAACCCGGUGAUGUGCCAAGCCAAGGAGACCAGGCUGUGGGUCCUGAGCGGGAUCCUGGACAAGGGGGGCGCGAGCUGCGGGGGGCCCUUCCUCUGCACCAAGCUCGCCUACUACGGAGACUGGAUCUCCCGGAGGAUCACCAGCGAAGGGGCCAACUUUUGCCCGGUCUUCAGCUGGGAAGAGCUGCCGCCCCCAGCCUCGCCCGCGGCGGGAGCCCGGCCGCCGAACGCCACGCGGGCGGCGCUGGCCCGAGCCUUCUCCCCGCCGCCGCCUCGGAAAAGGGGCCGCGCAAAGGCGCGCAAAACACACGGCCGCCUCAAGCUGCGGCCGCUCAACAUGGCCCCGGCCGGCGAGGAGGGUGCUGGGAGGCCGGAAGCGGAGUCCCGCCGGGAGCCGCUGGAGAGGGCGACCCUCACGGACGCCUCGGAGCCCCUCUAUUACGACUACUACAGCGGGGAGGACGUGCCCCUCGCGGGCCAGGCCGGGGCCGUGACCUCCGCCCUGUGCACUCUGACCCUUCUCUUCGGACACGUCUGAGCGGGAGGGAGCCGGCCGGCCCGGAGACUCCCGCGCCCUUGGGGCGGAGGAGGCAGGGCCUGGCUCGUGGCGGCCGGGGACGGAGGGCGCGCUCAGAGGUCAGACUUCUCACGGGCCACGUUACAGCAUAGCACUUGUCUCCAGCAGGUUACUGGCCAUCUUGACUUUAUUCCAAGCCUUU